AUGCGCAUUGAGCAUAUUUCAUUAUUACAUUUAUUACAUGCAACUUUUGGAAUUGUCAAUGAGGAAAGUAUCACCAUGCCGAAUAAAUCACUUGAUGCUGAAACAUCUAUCAAUGUUCUGCCAUCACGGCAAACAACUCAUGGCGAGAUCUUGGGAUAUUAUAUGGAGUUUAACGGAAUACUUGCUGAAGUUUACGAAGCCGUUCCGUAUGCGCAACCACCUAUCGGACCUUUGCGCUUUGAAGCUACAAAGGCAUUAAUUGGCUGGAAUAAGACACGGAAUUGUGGUAAGGGUCGAAUAGUGCGAUGUGUGCAAUUUGGACAAUAUUCCAACGAAGACGAUGGUACAGAGGACUGCUUAUAUGCUACUAUUAUCAUCCCUCAUAAAAAAACGGAAAGAAACAAGCUGUACCCAAUAUUAAUCUGGCUACAUGGAGGCUCUUUCCAGGUAGGCAGUGCGAAUGUCUCUCCGAUUAAAUCAAUCGUACAGAAUUUUGCUGCAGAGAAUAUUAUUUUUGUAGCCAUAAAUUAUCGACUAGGCCCACUUGGAUUCUUAACAGCCAGCCAUCGAGAUUUACAUGGGAAUUAUGGGUUGGAUGAUCAAACUGAAGCAAUUCGUUGGAUUCGAGCAAAUGCCCGAAAUUUUGAUGGCAAUUUGAAUAACAUUGUUGUUGGAGGUUUAGGUGCCGGUGCUGCUUGUGCAAGUAUUUUAGCCGUCUCACCAAAGACCAGGGGAUUGUUCAAUGGUGUUAUAUUACGAAGUGGAAGUUCUAUUGCUCCGUGGGCCGUACGAUCCGCUUCCACUGAAAAUUAUUCAGCGCGUUUAAUAGAUUAUUGUGGUUGUGGCUAUAAUCGAACUUUAGGAAUGUUAUAUACAGUGGAAUGCCUGAAAAAACUCCCGGUGGCAAAGUUACAGAAGGCAUGGAAGCACAUUGCCAAGCUGACUGCUACCAUUGUUGGUAAUGAGAAUAACUUGAUGGGUAACACCUACUUCACGCCAACGACCGACCCAUACCGCAUCGAAGCCAGUGUUCUUCCCGGUGAUCCAAUGUCUAUCUUGCGUCAAAACCCACGAAUGCCUCUGCUAAUCGGUGUCACAAAUGGCGAAGUUACUCGAUUGACAAGCAAUAAGCAUUAUGUGGAAAGCGGUGACUGGAGUCUGAAUUAUGUUAUACCUUCUUAUCUGCACGCUAAUUAUAAACAGGUCCAAAAAGCUGUUGAAUAUCAGUAUCUAACAGACUAUCCACAAAACUUGAAUGAAGCUGAACGACGUAAUGUAAUUCUUGAUAUUUUAUCUGAUCAAUAUUUUAUCGCACCUGCGGCACGUGAAGCAUUGCUUUAUGCAAAAAAAAAUCGUACUGUUUAUGCAUACAUAUUUCAGUAUGAAAAUGCUCAGUUAUUGAAAUCUGUAAGGAAAAAUGGGAUUCAACGAGGAGCUUCGCACGGUAACGACUGUUCAUUUAUAUUUAACAAUCCUACGCUCUCCGACCCAUCACUUGAAACAGUUGAAUGGAAUGAUGAUGAUCGGAAAAUUACUCAGCAACUUGUCAGCCAAAUGGCUAAUUUUGUUCAUAGAAGGAAUCUUAGUGAAGUUGGUUUUAAACGCUUCAGCGCUAUUUAUCGCGUAGCUACACCGAUCAAUCACCUGAAUAUUAAUUCUCCGGUAGGAUUCUAUAGUAAUGUAACUGGAUUUUGGCAUGAAGUGAUUCCAGCUAUCGAGCAGCUACACAUUGCGCCACAAUAUCGAGUGCUUUUACAACCUUGUACCAUGUGCCAAUAUCCUUACAAAAUACCAUUCUACAUUAUCUUAACAGUACUGAUUUUGGUUACGGUUGGUUUACUGAGCAUCUGUAUUCAUCGUCAACAACGUGUAAGGCAAAAGCCGACAUACGCUAUUGUGCAUGAGUUGGAAGCUUUAAAAAGUGAUGAAAAAAUGAAGAUGGAGCUAAAUAUGCCUUAA